AUGGCCAAACGCAAGCGCUCCGAAGCCUCACCGGCACUCUCAGAUACCAUGCCCGCCGCCGACAGGCUCCUCAAACGCCAAAAGAAAGCAGUCCUCACCCGCCUCACCGCCGCGCAAAAGCCCCUUGUAGCAGCGCUCCGCCUCGGCGCCGGAUUCGAGCGCCAAAAGCACAGCCGCCGCAAGAAAACCGCGGUUCAAAAAAAAGAUACGAAAGCGCUCACGCGCCUCGACGAUGAGUAUAGAGUGCUGAAGGCGCUGGAUCUGGAGAAGGUAGCGGAGCAGCAUGUGCGCAGGACGAUUGGGAAAGUGAAGAGUCUCAAGGAUCAUGAGGCGCUGCCGGAGAAUGUUCGGGAGAUCGAGAAGGUGGAGAAUGAUGCGGCGAGGCUGAAUGUGUUGGCGAGGCUGUACAAGGUUGCUGCGGUGAAGAAGGAGGUUGAUGCGCUGAUUGACGACUUGAAGGAAAUCGUUGUUGGCGGGGAGAGCGCGGCGAAGGCUGAAAGUGCGGGGAAAGCACAGAGUGGGGAGAAAAAGGAGAAGAAGCGCAAGCUCGAGGAGGAGGAGGAGGAGGAGGAUGUGGACAUGCUGGACAUCAGCGAUAAGGAUGGCGUUGCGGCGGAGAUGUUCAAUGCACGGAUAGCAGCGCCUUCGUCGGGGGAGGAGAGCGAUGGCGAUUUGUCCGACGACAAGCGACCACCGAGCAUAGGCGACAGCGACAGCGACCAUGGUCCAGACGCCGACCUCGAGGCAGCGAGCGGCUCCGACGCAGAGCCAUUCGAGGGCUUCAGCGCCUCGAACUCGAACUCAGACGCUUCUAUAAACCGGUCAAUAGCGCCACCCUCCGACCUCUCAGACUCCGAAUCCGCCUCCGACUCCGACACGUCGGUUUCCGUAACCAUCGAGCGCAAGCCCAAAUCCUCUAAAGACCCUGCUAAACCCUCCACUUCAACUUUCCUCCCCGGCCUCAGCCACGCAGCAUACUUCUCCGGCGACGAAUCCGCAUCCUCUCUCGACGAAAAGCCGCGCAAGAACCGGCGCGGCCAACGUGCGCGCCAGAAAAUCGCGGAAGCAAAGUACGGCAAAGCAGCAAAGCACAUCGAAAAGAAUGAGCGUAAGCAGGGCUGGGACGCCAAGCGUGGAGCUGUUAGUAGCAAUGCGAAGCCGGGGAACAGGAAGGAUAGGAGGGCCGCGGAGAAGGGGAUGAAAGCGAAGGGUGGCAGAGGCCCGGUGAUUAGUGGAGAGAAUGCUGCGCCGUUGGGGAAGAGGAGGGGUGAGGGAGAGAAGAUAGCGGAGAAGAAGGGGCCGAAGAAAGAUGACACGGGGCCUCUGCAUCCUUCAUGGGCGGCGGCCAAGGCCGCGAAGGAGAGCAAGAAGUUGAAGAUCGAUCUCGGGGGCGCAAAGAGCGCAGGCAAGAAGAUCACAUUCGACUAA